GGGAGCGCAGCCGAGGACCCGGGGCCACCGCCUGGAGGGCUCGGGAUGGGGACGUGCUGGGCGACCCCUCGGAGGCUGCUCCUGCUGCUCGGCUGCUUCGGGUUGGCCGAGCCUUCCGACCGGUCAGGUAACGAGCCAUUCACCAUCCUCCAUGAGAACACAGGCAAGUGCAUCAAGCCUCUGUCUGACUGGAUCGUAGCCCAGGACUGUGGCGAAACUGGAGACAUGCUGUGGAAGUGGGUGUCCCAGCACCGGCUCUUUCAUUUGCAAUCCCAGAAGUGCCUUGGCCUAGAUAUCACCAAAGCCACAGAUUCCUUGCGGAUGUUCCGCUGUGACGCCAACACCAUGCUGUGGUGGAAAUGUGAGGGUCACUCUCUGUAUGGUGCUGCCCAGUACAGGCUGGCUGUGAAGAAUGGGUAUGCCGUGGCCAGUAGAAAUACGACUGAUGUCUGGAAGAAGGGAGACUCCAAGGAAAGCCUGUGUGACCAGCCUUACCAUGAGGUGUAUACCAGAGAUGGGAACUCCUAUGGGAGACCUUGUGAGUUUCCAUUCUUAGUUGAUGGGACGUGGCAUCAUGAUUGCAUUCUUGAUGAAGAUCAUAGUGAGCCAUGGUGUGCUACCACGUUAAAUUAUGCAUAUGAUCAAAAGUGGGGCAUCUGUUUAAAAGCAGAAAAUGGCUGUGAAAGUAAUUGGGAAAAGAAUGAGCAGAUUGGAAGUUGCUACCAAUUUAAUACUCAGGCAGCUCUUUCUUGGAAAGAAGCUUAUGUCUCCUGUCAGAAUCAAGGAGCUGACUUACUGAGCAUCAACAGUGCUGCUGAAUUAGCUUAUCUCACAGGAAAAGAAGGCAUUGCUGCAACUGUCUGGACUGGAUUAAAUCAACUGUACUCUGCUAGAGGCUGGGAAUGGUCAGACCACAUGCCAUUAAAGUUUCUCAACUGGGAUCCAGACACGCCCAGAGCACCCGUGAUAGGUGGAUCAAGCUGUGCCAGGAUGGACACUGCCUCGGGUCUCUGGCAGAGCACUUCCUGUGAAGCCCAACUACCCUACAUCUGCAAGAAACCAUUAACACUCUCCUUGGAGUUCACAGAUGUUUGGACAUAUUCAGAUACCCACUGUGAUGCAGGCUGGUUGCCUAAUAAUAGAUUUUGCUAUUUGCUGGCAAAUGAAAGUGGUUCUUGGGACGAAGCACAUUCGAAAUGCCAAACCUUCAGUGGUGACCUUAUCAGCAUCCAUUCCUUAGCAGAUGUGGAGGUGGUUGUCACGAAGCUCCAUGGUGGGGAUGUCAAAGAAGAAAUAUGGACAGGCCUUAAGAACAUAAAUAUUCCAACUUUGUUUCAGUGGUCAGAUGGGACGGAAGUUACUCUGACAUACUGGAAUGACAAUGAGCCACAUGUUCCCUACAAUAAGACUCCCAACUGUGUUUCCUAUUUAGGAAAGCUAGGUCAAUGGAAAGUCCAGUCAUGUGAAGAGAAACUCAGAUAUGUAUGUAAGAAAAAGGGAGAGAAAAUGAAUGAUACAAGGUCUGAUAAGAUGUGUCCUUCAGAUGAGGGCUGGAAGAGACACGGAGAAACCUGUUACAAGAUUUACGAGGAGGAAGUACCUUUCGGAACGAACUGCAAUCUGACCAUCACUAGCAGAUUUGAACAGGAAUACCUGAAUGAUAUGAUGAAAAAGUAUGAUAAGUCUCUUCGGAAAUACUUCUGGACUGGCCUGAGAGAUAUAGAUUCCCAUGGACAGUACAGCUGGGCAACUUCUGGUGGAUUCAAGCAGGCUGUGACCUAUUCCAAUUGGUAUUUUCUUGAACCAGCGUCUCCAGGCGGGUGCGUGGCUAUGUCUACUGGGAAGUCUCUUGGCAAGUGGGAGGUGAAGGACUGCAGGAGCUUCCGAGCUCUUUCAAUUUGCAAGAGAAUAAGCACUCCCCAGGAGCCUGAGAAAGCAGCCCCCAGGCCUGAAGACCCCUGUCCUGAAGGCUGGCAUACAUUCCCCACCAGUCUUUCUUGUUAUAAGGUUUUCCACAUAGAAAGAAUUGUGAGAAAGAGGAACUGGGAAGAAGCUGAAAGAUUCUGCCAAGCACUUGGAGCACACCUACCGAGCUUCAGUCAGAUAAAUGAAAUUCAGGAAUUUCUUCACUUGUUACAGAACCAGUUCAGUGGCCAGCGUUGGUUGUGGAUAGGUUUAAAUAAAAGAAGCCCAGAUUUACAAGGGUCCUGGCAAUGGAGUGAUCAAACACCAGUGUCUACUUUUCUUAUAGAAAAUGAGUUUCAGCAAGAUUAUGAUGUGAGAGACUGUGCUGCUGUCAAGAUAAUGUACAAGCCAUGGCGAAGAGGCUGGCUUUUGCAUGACAAUGGAGAAUUUAUCCAUUUGAGGCCCUUUGCUUGUGAUGCAGCCCUUGAAUGGGUGUGCCAGAUUCCAAAGGGCAGCACCCCCAAAAUACCAGACUGGUACAAUCCAGAGCGCGCUGGAAUUCAUGGGCCUCCAGUUAUAAUCGAAGGAAGUGAAUACUGGUUUGUUGCUGAGCCUCACUUAAACUUCGAAGAAGCCGUCCUGUACUGUGCUAGCAAUCACAGCUUUCUUGCCACCAUAACAUCGUUUACAGGACUAAAAGCCAUCAAAAACAAAAUAGCAAAUAUAUCUGGUGAGGAACAGAAGUGGUGGGUGAGAACUAAUGAGGAGCCAAUUGAUCAUUUUAUGUAUUCCCGACAUCCAUGGCGCCACUUCCGUGUGAAAUUUGGAGAGGAAUGCUUCCACAUGUCUGCCAAGACGUGGCUUAUUGACUUAAGUAAGCGAGCUGACUGCAGUACUAAGCUGCCCUUUAUCUGUGAGAAAUAUAAUGUAUCUUCAUUAGAGAAAUAUAGUCCAGAUCCUGCAGCUAAAGUACAAUGCUCUGGAAAGUGGAUUUCUUUUCAGAACAAGUGCUUUUUAAAGAUCAAAUCCAAGUCUCUUACAUUUUCUCAAGCAAGUAGCACCUGUCAUUCCUAUGGCGGAACCCUUCCUUCAGUGUUGAGCCAGCGUGAGCAAGAUUUUAUUACAUCCUUGCUUCCAGAAACGGAAGCUAGUGUGUGGAUUGGCCUGCGCUGGACUGCCUAUGAAAGGAUAAACAAAUGGACAGAUGGCAGAGAGUUGACAUACAGCAACUUUCACCCUUUGCUGCUGGGUCGGAGGCUGAGUAUACCAAUAAAUCUUUUCGAGGAAGAGUCCCACUACCACUGUGCUGUGAUACUCAACCUCCAAAAGUCACCUCUUACAGGAACAUGGAAUUUUACUUCCUGCUCAGAGCGCCACUCUCUGUUUCUCUGUCAGAAAUAUUCAGAAAUUACAGAGAAGCAGCCCUUGCGGAGCACGGCUGAGACCGUGAAGUACCUGAAUAGCCUGUACAGAAUAAUCUCCAAGAACCUGACUUGGCAUGGCGCCCUAAAGGAGUGUCUGGAAGCGAACAUGCGGCUGGUGAGCAUCUCUGGCCCGUACCAGCAGGCCUUCCUCGCUGUGCAGGCCGCCCUGCACAACUCUUCCUUCUGGAUUGGACUCUCCAGUCAAGAUGAUGAACUCAACUUUGGCUGGUCAGAUGGAAAGCGUCUUCAUUUUAGUCACUGGGCUGAAAACACUGAGCAGCUGGAAGACUGUGUGAUCUUAGAUACCGAUGGCUUCUGGAAAACAGCUGAUUGCAAUGACAUCCAACCAGGUGCUAUUUGCUACUACCCAGGAAAUGACACUGAAAAAGAGGUCAAGCCAUUUGACAGUGUCAAAUGUCCAUCUCCUGUCUUAAACACUCCAUGGAUACCAUUUCAGAACUCUUGCUACAAUUUUAUGGUAACAAAGAGCAGACAUGCGACAACCACACAGGAUGAACUUCACUCCAGAUGCCAGAGGCUGCAUUCAAAAUCACACAUUCUGAGUAUUCGUGAUGAAAAGGAGAAUAGCUUUGUUCUUGAGCAGCUUCUAUACUUCAAUUAUAUGGCUUCGUGGGUCAUGUUAGGGAUAACUUAUGAAAAUAAUUCUUUGUUGUGGUUUGAUAAGACUGCACUAUCAUAUACACACUGGAGAGCUGGCAGACCAACUGUGAAAAAUAGCAAAUUUUUGGCUGGUUUGAGUACUGAUGGCUUCUGGGAUAUCCAACCCUUUAAUGUUAUUGAAGAAACACUUUAUUUUCAUCAGCACAGCAUUUUUGCUUGUAAAAUUGAGAUGGUUGACUAUAAGGAAGACUAUAAUACCACACUGCCACAGUUUAUUCCAUUUGAAGAUCACAUUUAUAAUGUUAUUCAGAAAAAGGUCACAUGGUAUGAAGCACUAAACAUGUGUUCUCAAAGUGGAGGAUAUUUGGCAAGUGUUCACAACCAAAGUGGGCAGCUCUUUCUGGAAGAUAUCGCAAAACGUGAUGGAUUUCCACUGUGGGUUGGGCUCUCAAGCCAUGAUGGCCAUGAAUCAAGUUUUGAAUGGUCUGAUGGCAGUGCGUUUGACUACAUUCCGUGGAAAGACCAACACUCUCCAGGAAAUUGUGUGAUCUUAGACCCAGAAGGAAUCUGGAAACAUGCAAAGUGCACCUCUAUUCAGGAUGGUGCCAUUUGUUCGAAGCCUACAAAAGCUGAAGAAUUGUUACCUCAUGCACACUCAUCAAGAUGUCCAGUGGCAGAAGGGAAUCGCUCUCAGUGGACCCAGUAUGGAGAUCACUGCUAUUUAGCUGACCAUGCAUUGCACAGUUUCUUAGAGGCCAAAAAAUUAUGUCUAGAACUUGAUCACUCUGCAACUAUUGUCACCAUAGCAGAUGAAAAUGAGAAUAAAUUUGUGAGCAGAUUGAUAAGAAACAAUAAUAAUAUUACCAUGAGAGUUUGGCUUGGAUUAUCCCAACAUCCUGUCGAUCAGUCUUGGAGUUGGAUUGAUGGAUCAGCUGUGACAUUUGUCAAGUGGGAAAAUAAAAGUAAGAAUGAUGAUGGAAAAUGUAGCAUUUUAAUAGCUUCAAAUGAAACCUGGAAAAAAGUUGAAUGUUCACAUGGCUAUGGAAGAGUUGUCUGCAAAACUCCUCUGGGCCCGGAUUACAGAGGCAUAGCUAUCGUGUUCGCCAUGCUAAGCAUCUUAGCGCUCAUCAGCGGGCUGAUAUGGUUCCUGGUACAAAGAAACCGUUUCCGCUGGGCAGGCUUCUCAUCGGUUCGGUAUGAACAUGGAGUGAAUGAAGACGAGAUUAUGCUUCCUCCUUUGUACGACUAAACUCUUCGAAAAGUUUGUUAAUUUGCACUAUCUUUGAAGGAAAAAAGAAGAGCCACUUAAAAUUUCCCCACCGUCAGUAUUUACUCUGUUCCAAAGUAGAAGUCUUAUGCACUUUAGACAGUUAGUUGCUAUGCUCGUAGGUACAAUUAAUGGCCCAUUAUCUGCCAUAUGGAUAACUCUAACUGAUAGAAUAGAGAAUUUGAAGCUAGCACAGAAGUUCCAAGUGUUUACGGGUUAAUACAUUUAACUAAUGUGAAGCUUCUGUGUAAGAAUGUGGUUGCUA